GUUCAGUUCGAGCUUCGGUGCACAAUGAGAAACAUCGUCGGUCUCCUCCUCGUAGUACCCUUGGUGCAGUGCGUCCAUGUCGCCUCCCUCAGCAUCCAACAACACCAAGGGAACUACUCCCAAGUAGUACAAUUCAUKUUUAACCAAACCACGGAACAUGUUUUGGUCUUCCCGACUUCGGAUUCCCGCUAUCCAUACCGAGUCAAGGCUUGGAGUACCGGGGCAAGGGUGGAGAACCCGGUUUUGGUGGUGGUACGCCAGGAACGGGAGGUUCUCUCAUGGCAAGUACCCUUCGUCGUUGACACGACCACGAGGGACGGAGUGGUACAUUUUCACAACACUUCGAGGACUCUCUGUCAUAACAACAUGCCAAAAAUUGCCAAAGCCAAAAGCACUUCCAGGGGUUUGCCAAUAAAGUUGUCUCAGAAUUUCAUUAUCGCACUCUCGACUUCGUCCCUGAUCAAUAUUGAUAUUUCGGUGGUGGUUGAGGAGGAGAAGGAUUUUUAUUUGGAGGAGAGGCGACCAUAUGUAAUUUCAGUGUCCCCAAGUGAAUCAAAGUACUACUACUACAAGUUCCACGACAAGAAAAACACAAGUGCUAUGAUUGAAAUCAACUCAGAUGAUGAUGUUUGUUUGACGGUCUCCAUCCAGGAUAGUUUUUGCCCUGUUUUUGACUUGGAUAAAGACAUCACCUACGAAGGGAAGUACCAGACAAUCAAUCGGAAAGGAGGGAUGACAAUCCGGCAACGCGAAUUCCCCGAUGGCUUCUUCCUUGUCUUCGUCGCAAAAGCCGACAACUACCAAUGCAGUCAAAAACACUCAGUCCUCCUCGUCGAACACAGGAAACAGAAUAUCAUCCUCGCCAAUCGUACUUCCACAAUCACCUUCACCAUCAAUAAGGGUAUCAAUGGGAAGGAGUACGAAAUUGCCUCUUUGACCACUCUUGGAGUCCUCAUGAUCUUCUGUAUAGUUAGCACAAUCAUGAUUUUUGUCUUCACGAGGUGGGGUACCAUCUCCAAAUUCAAGUCAAGCAAUGACGUGCCUGAUAACGACUGGGAGGAACCACCAGAACCUUUGAUUACGAAAGGGGUGAAAAGGGAGCUUCUUUCGAGGCAAAAACUGACGGUGAAUCUCCUCGCUCGAGCCCCCGAGAAGGACCAAAGGCGCUCCUACAACUACUUGUGGCACAUUUUGAGUAUUGCGAUUUUUUACAGCAUUCCGGUGGUGCAACUCGUGAUUACGUACCAAAGAGUGGUCAAUAGGACCGGAGACCAAGACAUGUGCUACUAUAAUUUUUUAUGUGCCAAUCCGGCUUUUGGUUUGAGCGAUUUUAACCAUAUUUUUUCAAAUGUUGGGUAUAUUAUAGUCGGGAUUUUGUUCCUGGGGGCGGUACUACAUCGCCAAACUAAGAUUCCCAACAGUACUACUGGGAUUCCGGCCCAUUAUGGGGUGUAUUACGCAAUGGGCAUUGCCUUGAUUAUUGAAGGGAUUCUGUCGGCGUGCUACCAUAUUUGCCCAAGCCAGUCCAACUACCAAUUUGAUACUAGCUUCAUGUAUGUGAUGGCGGUACUCUGCAUGAUUAAAUUGUACCAAAAUAGGCACCCUGAUGUCAACGCCACGGCUUAUGCCACCUUCACAGUCCUCGGAAUGGCUAUUUUCUUAGCAAUGAUCGGGAUCCUGAAUGGUAGCCUAACUGUGUGGAUAAUCUUUGUGGUGAUUUACUCCCUGUUAUGUGCCUACAUUUCGGUCAAAAUCUAUUUCAUCAGUUUUGUUUUCGAUGGUUUUAAACAACUCAAACAAAGUCUCAAAAGUAGUAACAAAGUUGAAGCGAUUGCUCCGAUUAGAAAAAGCCGUUUUGCCCUUCUUGUGAUUGCAAAUGUGAUCAAUUAUGCGAUGUUGAUAACUGGACUUUGUCUCUACAACACCGGAGUUACCGAUUUUGGGACUUUUCUUCUAGGAUUGUUGAUGGGAAAUUCAGUGCUUUAUGCAGUUUUUUACACAGGAAUGAAGCUAGUCAAUGGCGAAAGGAUCUGUUUCGAGGCCAUAAUUUACGGAAUUUUGGGAAUAGCAACCUGGGCCACUGCCACUGUAUACUUUUUAGACAACGCAACUCUUUGGACUGUCACUCCUGCCGAAUCCCGCCAAUGGAACCAAGAAUGCAUCGUGAUGAAUUUCUACGACAAACACGACGUUUGGCACUUACUGAGUGCCCCAGCCCUUUAUCUAACUUUCAUGUUUUUGUUAAGUUUGGACGAUGAUCUAGUCGAUAAGAAACGCGAGGAAAUUCCCGUAUUUUAGAUAAUUUAUUUAUACUAAACAAAUUUUGUAUUGUGGUUUGAGAAAAUAAAAAACAAGUUUUGAA